GGUUUUCUCCACACCAAAACUUGCCUAGUGACCUAUUGCUCGAAAAGAACACUAAGCUCUUUGUUCUCCCGUCAUUUGAGAUCUUUUAACUACAAUGGCUGGAAUUAUCAGGCCAAUGUGCAUUGUCCUCAUUGCCGCCGUCUUGGCCGUGGCAGUUGCCCCUCGCGGUGAGGCAGCAAUAGGCUGCGGCACGGUAGUUUCAUACCUGAAUCCAUGCCUGCCAUAUGUAACCAACAAAGGCCCUCUAGGCAGUUGUUGCGGUGGGGUUAAGGGUCUGUAUGGCGCAGCUCAAACUACACAAGAUCGUCAAAGCGUGUGUAGCUGCUUGAAAUCUCUCUCUAGCUCAUACAAAGAUGUCGACCUGAACAAGGCUGCUGGACUCCCUGGACAAUGUGGUGUCAACAUUCCCUACAAGAUUAGCCCUUCCACUGAUUGCUCAAAGGUGAACUGACCAGUUAUGUUCGAAAAAAUUGCCGUCUACAUGUACAAGUCGUUAGGCAUAUAUAUAAAAAUAAAGGUUGGGUCCUUCGAGUAGACCCAUCCAUAGUGAAUGUAGUGUUUUCUUCCCCGUGAUAUACUAUUGUUGAAUCAGUUGAAUCAAUCAAUGAAGCAAACACUACCUUUUAAUGUACUCGUAUUUAA